GGGCGUGCAGGGCGCAGAGGCGAGCCGGCUGGGCGGCGCGCCGGGGCCGCGGGAGCCGCGCGCCGCGUCGCUGUAAUCGGACACCGGGCGCUCGCCCCCCACGCCCAGCCAGUUUCCAUUCACUCCGAGGUGCUUGAUUGAGCGACGCGGAGAAGGGCUCCGGUGCCGCAGCCCCGCAAAGCUGAGGAUUCCUUUACAAAGAAACUCAGAGGACCUCGAAGAAAGAAUUUCGCCCUUGGGACGCUCUAGAAAUUCAGGUCUUCUGGGAAAAGGGGUAGAAACACGUGCGGAGCCAAACCGGUAGCAAAUUGAUUUUUCCGUGCGGAUCUCUUCCCACCUCGGUAUCUUCCUGUGGAUAUUAACUUGAAAAUCUGAAGAAAUGGCAUUCCAGGCAAUUUGCAUGUUGGUUGGAGUAUUUGUUUGUUCUAUCUGUGUAAAAGGAUCUUCUCAGCCCCAAGCAAGAGUUUAUUUAACAUUUAAUGAGCUUCGAGAAACCAGGACAUCUGAAUACUUCAGCCUAUCCCACCACCCUUUAGACUAUAGGAUAUUAUUAAUGGAUGAAGAUCAGGACCGGAUAUAUGUGGGCAGCAAAGAUCACAUUCUUUCCUUGAAUAUUAACAAUAUAAGUCAAGAAGCUUUGAGUGUUUUCUGGCCGGCAUCUACAAUCAAAGUUGAAGAGUGCAAGAUGGCUGGCAAAGAUCCCACACACGGCUGUGGGAACUUCGUCCGCGUGAUUCAGGCUUUCAACCGCACUCAUUUGUAUGUUUGUGGGAGCGGUGCCUUCAGCCCAGUCUGUACUUACUUGAACAGAGGAAGGAGGUCAGAGGACCAAGUUUUCGUGAUUGACUCCAAGUGUGAAUCUGGAAAAGGACGCUGCUCUUUCAACCCCAAUGUGAACACAGUAUCUGUUAUGAUCAAUGAAGAACUCUUCUCUGGAAUGUAUAUAGAUUUCAUGGGGACAGAUGCUGCUAUUUUUCGAAGUUUAACUAAAAGAAAUGCAGUCAGAACGGAUCAACACAAUUCCAAAUGGCUAAGUGAACCUAUGUUUGUGGAUGCACAUGUCAUCCCAGAUGGAACUGAUCCAAAUGAUGCUAAGAUUUACUUCUUCUUCAAAGAGAAACUGACUGACAAUAGCAGAAGCACAAAACAGAUUCAUUCCAUGAUUGCUAGAAUAUGUCCUAACGACACAGGUGGACUGCGGAGCCUGGUCAACAAGUGGACCACCUUCCUGAAAGCAAGGCUGGUGUGCUCUGUGACUGAUGAAGACGGCCCGGAAACUCACUUUGAUGAAUUAGAGGAUGUGUUUCUGCUUGAAACGGACAACCCAAGGACAACACUAGUGUACGGUGUUUUUACAACAUCAAGCUCAGUUUUUAAAGGAUCAGCAGUGUGUGUGUAUCAUUUAUCUGAUAUACAGACUGUGUUUAAUGGACCUUUUGCCCACAAAGAAGGGCCCAAUCAUCAGCUGAUUUCAUAUCAGGGUAGAAUUCCAUAUCCUCGCCCUGGAACUUGCCCAGGAGGAGCAUUUACCCCCAAUCUGCGAACCACCAAGGAGUUCCCGGAUGACGUUGUCACUUUUAUUCGGAACCACCCUUUCAUGUACAAUUCCAUCUACCCGGUCCACAAGAGGCCUCUGAUCGUCCGCAUAGGCACCGACUAUAAGUACACAAAGAUAGCUGUGGAUCGAGUCAGUGCUGCCGAUGGUAGAUACAACGUCCUGUUUCUUGGAACAGAUCGGGGUACUGUGCAGAAGGUUGUGGUCCUUCCUACCAACAGCUCUGCCGGUGGGGAGCUCAUUCUAGAGGAGUUGGAAGUUUUUAAGAAUCAUGCUCCGAUAACAACAAUGAAAAUUUCAUCUAAAAAGCAACAGUUGUAUGUGAGCUCCAAUGAAGGGGUGUCCCAAGUGUCUCUGCAUCGCUGCCACAUCUACGGCACCGCCUGCGCUGACUGCUGUCUGGCAAGGGACCCUUACUGUGCUUGGGAUGGCCAUUCUUGCUCUAGGUUCUACCCAACAGGGAAGCGGAGGAGCCGAAGACAAGAUGUGAGACAUGGCAAUCCAUUGACUCAAUGCAGAGGAUUUAAUCUAAAAGCAUAUAGAAAUGCAGCUGAAAUUGUUCAGUAUGGAGUAAAAAAUAACACCACUUUCCUGGAGUGCACACCCAAGUCUCCACAGGCCUCGACCAAGUGGUUGUUGCAGAAAGACAAAGACAGGCGGAAAGAGGUCAAGCUGAAUGAACGCAUCAUAGCCACUUCACAAGGACUCCUCAUCCGUUCCAUUCAGGAUUCUGACCAAGGACUGUACCACUGCAUUGCAACAGAAAACAGCUUCAAGCAGACCAUAGCCAAGAUCAACUUUAAAGUUUUAGACUCCGAAAUGGUAGCUGUUGUAACAGACAAAUGGUCACCGUGGACCUGGGCCAGCUCUGUGAGGGCUUUGCCCUUCCACCCAAAGGACAUCAUGGGGGCAUUCAGCAACUCUGAGAUGCAGAUGAUUAACCAGUAUUGCAAAGACACUCGGCAGCAACAUCAACACGGAGAAGAAUCUCAGAAGAUGAGAGGGGACUAUGGCAAGUUAAAGGCUCUCAUCAAUAGCAGGAAAAGUAGAAAUAGGAGGAAUCAGUUGCCAGAGUACUAAUGUUUUUCUUACAUGGGACUUAUGAUUCCCAUAGUGGUCAAUGAUCCAUCCAUCUUCAGUGAUCAAAUUUUGAACAGUCUUGUUCUUACCCCCAGGAAAUUCCUGAGAAAGGUGAUCAUACACUCCUAAAGUGAAUGUUACAUGAACUGAAUUGAGCAUGCAUUUUCUUGUAUGAUGUCGACUAGCACUAGACAUGUCAUGGUCCUCAUGGUGCAUAUAAAUAUUUAAAUUAACCUAGAUUUUAUUUAUGUCUUUAUUUACCUUUUCUUCAAAUCCAUAUAGUGGUUAUAAAACCAGAAUUUUUACAUCCCUUAAUUGAACGAGGGCCAUAAACCUGUGAUCUUCCUUUCUUUAAGGAUUUCUAGUUGUCACUGAUUUAAUAUAUGAAAACAGAUACCAAGUUUAUCAAUUUUACAUGGUUAAAGUUGUAUAAAUGCAGGUGACAGAGUAGCUGUCGAAGUAUGUGGAAUAGAAAAAAGACAAGGAAGAGAACAUCUAAGUUAUAUUAAAAUGGGGUUCAUAAGGAGAAAACGAUGAGUUUAUAUGCUUUGAGUUAAAUAUGUUGUUAGUGACUUUUAAUUUUGCAAAAAUUGCCAGUUGUGGAGAUCUGUCAUUGUGUGCAGAGUUGAUGGAUUAAUUAGAAAUCCUCUCUGCCUGCUCACCUUUGUUCCCUUGUAUCAGGAAGGUAAAAUGAAUGACCCUCACUAUAAAUGUCUUCAGUUGGAGUUAUGUCAGUGAAGCAUUUAAGCUUAUAUUUCUAUAUUUUCAUCCUCCAAAUAAAAUCACUUUUUCUGGAAGUCAUUGAAGUUAUUCUAGACGCAGAGACUAUAAUCUAAUACUGUUUAAUCAGUUAUUGAGUUUGUUCUAGUAUUUCAGUCUUUGUGACGAAUUAAACAAUACAAGAAGAAAAUGUUUUCAAAUAUCACCCCUCGUGUACAUGAGUGAUGAAACCAUCACAAUGGAAUAACACGAAAAACAAAGUAGAAAAUUAAAUUUUAUUAACAAAGGUUUAUGGAAAUGUGCCUAGUUUUUAACUUUAAUAAUUAAUUAUGAAUUAAUUUCAUGAUUUCACAUGUUUUGUUGUUUACCAAUCUCAGAUAUUAUCUGGAUUAUUAAGUCACUAGCUUAUUUUUAAUGAUCUUUUGUGUGUCCUGAGGAGGUGUUCAUUUUGUGGAGAAAUGAAAAAAGUCUGGUCUGAAUAAAAACAGACAUACUUUCUUUUAAAAGGAUGUUUGUGUAUUAUGUUCAUUAGUAUGUAAAUACAAAUGUGGGAAGUUUUGUGAUGAAUAAAAGAAUUAUCUUCUAGUUGUAUGCUUGAAUUAUAUUAUUAGAAUAAUUUAAUAGUUUUAAAUUGUUUAAAAAGUGUAAAACUCAAUAAUUUAUUGAGUUUUUUUUACUCCAAAUAAGAUGAAAUAAUAUGAACGUAUCUUCUUUCUUUCAUGUUUCUUUUAAAGUCACAAAUUUUGCUCUUUUAUUUCAUUUACCAUUUAAGAUAUUUUUAUGUUUCCAGGCACAAACAGAAAUCACAUGAUAUACCUAAUCAAAAUUUAUCACAAAACUUUUCUUUGUAGUUAACCUUCCAUGAAGAAAGUGAUCAAGGUAAAUAGGUCACCUUUUUAAGCACUGCAAUACAAAGCUUCAAGAACUAAAAACCUUUGUCAAAAUGAAUGUAACCAGCAAUCAGAAUCUAAGAAUAUGAUUAAUUAUCUAAGUGGUAGUGAAUUCUGACAUUAUAAGAGAAAGCCUCAGUGGGCUAAAAUAGCUUUUAAACCCAACAAAAAUGUUAUUCAUUUUUAAAGAAGAGCUAUUAAUGAAAAACUAUUGUUGCAAAUGUAUAUGAUUCUGAAGUAGUCUCUAAAGCAACUUAUUAUACAAAUAAUUUGCCUGCUUAAAGGUUCUAAAUAAACUUGUUUAUUUCUCCUCUAUGUGCACAAAAAGAAAUGUGUGCAAAGCCAAAACCAUCUUCUAUAUUUGGUCAAGCUCUUCUAUAUACAGAAUUGAAAGUACAUUUGUUUCAGAGUCAGAAAAUAGGGGAACCUGCACAGGACCCUUUGCCUCAUGUACACCCAAACUGAUAAAUGACAAGGGUGUUUGGUGUGCUAAUGUUAUUUGUGCUGUUUAAUACCUUUUACUUUGAACAUUAUUAAAUUGUAUAGGCUAUAAUUACUUUGAAAAUUAUAGAAAUACUUCUUGAACAGAACUGCCAAAUGUAAAGAAAAUGUCCUUUUUUAAAACUAUUGUUAAAGUAUACUGAAUGUUGGUGGUUGAUUGGUUUCAUUUUCUGUAGUUUGACAAUUCGAAGGCUUAAUAUGUUUUCCAUUUGUCUUGUACAUAACAUUGCCUAGAAAAGCACUUUUUUUCUAAGUGUAGGUUUGUGAAUAAAUGUUAGCAUGAUGAAACUGUCCUUACAGUGAAUGUUCACUCCGUGUAAGAAAAUAAGCUAAAUGUAGUUAGUACAUUAAUAUUUAAUUGGAUAUUGAAUAAAGCAUUUGCCUGUCAAAACUUAGAUUUUGAGAUUUCUUCUAUUUCUGGGCUUGUAAUCUGUAGUCGUGGAAGUGGAGAAAGAAGAAACAAUAAAGAUUAAGUUACCCCAACAAAUCUUUCAAUCUGGUGAUUCUGUACCACUUCCUAAUUUCCACAUUUUUUUUCCUCAGUAUCUUCCUUGCUUAUAUCUCAGUUUAACCUUAAUUUUUGCCCUGGCUGGUGUAGCUCAGUGGAUUGAGCUCGGACUGAGAACCAAAGGGUUGCCAGUUCAAUUCCCAGUCAUGGCACAUGCCUGGGUUGCAGGCCAGGCCCCG